AUGGCUGGGAAGGCUGGUAAAGGCGGCAAAAAUCGCAGAAGGGGAAAGAACGACGCUUUCGGUGACAAGCGGGAGCUCAUUCUCAAGGAGCCGUGCCAGGAGUACGCACAGGUGCUCAAGAUGCUGGGCAAUGGCCGUUUGGAAGCACAAUGCGUUGAUGGCGCGAAACGACUCUGUCACAUUCGCGGGAAGAUGCGCAAGAAGGUAUGGAUUAACGCGGGCGAUGUGGUACUAGUUUCUCUUCGUGAGUACCAAGACGAGAAGGGAGAUAUCAUCCACAAAUAUAACCCCGACGAAGUCCGGACGCUCAAGCAGAUGAGGGAAAUCCCAGAGGCGUUCCGUGUCGUCGAAACGAUAGGCGCGGGUGAGGGCUACGGCAGCGAUGACGAUGGUGAUGACAUCGGGUUCGAGAACCAGGACGACCAGGAUGUCAUCGACAUCGAAGACCUCUAG